GAGAGUAGUCGUGCACCCUUCCAUUUCUUUAACGGAAUAUUGUCCUUGAGCGCGCUAGAAUAAUAUUACUAUAAGGAUUAGUUUUGCAAAUUCGAAGAAUCUGAUUAAAGCAGCUAUGGAAAUAGAUUCUGUUACUAAAAUAUUCAAUAUUAAAAGUUUGGGUAUUUCGUUACAAGCGUUAUUAUCGUAAGUAGUGGUUUUUAACAUUUAGACAUUUUUCUUCAGAGGUGAAUCGUAUGUUCGGUAGUUUACAAAGGAAUCAUCUCUGAAAUACAAAUGUACUUACAAGGAAUAAUGAUUCAAAGCCGAGCUUAUAAGAAUACUGAGAAGAAGAUGUGUUUCUUGGUUAUCAUAACUGUUUUAAUCAUCUCUUCAGGAAGACAAGGUUUGUGUGAUAAAGUAAUGAUAUUCCAGGGUUCCAAUCAACUGUCGAAUGAAUCCAGAGCAGUGUUAUACCUAAGCCCAGUCCCUCUGGGUCCCAGUAAAUCCUACACCAGAGAAUCCUUGAUUUACGACCACGAUCCGGAAACCGGAGGAGACGACAAAGAUGUCACAAUCUCUGACGGAGGGGAUGCAGUGUUGUUCGAUAUAUCUGUCUGUCUCUGGCUGAAAGUUCACUACUUUAGACAGACGACAAGCUACGCCUUCUCGUACGCUACGUCGGAUGCUGACCACAACGAACUGAAUUUUGGAUUCCAAUAUAACCAGAUACUUAUCUCCGUGGCUGGAAAAUACAUCUAUGGGAAGAAAGAUACUAUAUACAUUCCAGAUACUUGGUAUCAUGUCUGCUUUGUUGUCAGCAGUGAGAACCGAACAGGGACAUUUUACAUUAAUGGGGAUAGUCACAGCCUCUACAAGUUUAACCGAAACUACUACAUCAGAACGAACGGGUCUCUGGUGCUGGGUCAGGAGACUGAUAAAAUCGACGGAGGGUACCAGGCUCUUCAGUCCUUCUCCGGCGCCAUCACAGGCUUCAAUUUAUACUCCAGACCUCUUAGUGCCACUGAGGUGUCAAGAUUAUCCUUGUGUUCUGCAGACGCUGAAGAAGGGGACUUGGUCGCUUGGUCUAAGGCAGAAUGGGAGAUCAGUGGUCCGGUGGAUGUCGAAGACAUUGCAAAGGAAGAUUAUUGUCUUCGAAAUAACUUCAAAUUCGUCGUCUUCGCCAAGAGGAGAACUUAUGAGGACGCCAGACGCCUCUGUAGGAGUCUGAAAUCCUCAGUGGCACUUCCUCGCACCCCAGAGGAAAACAGCCUUCUGUAUUUCGCCUCAGAGCCUUUCAGCGAAGUGUGUCAGCCGCACAAUCACGCCACCGUUUUCUUUUGGCUCGGUGCCACCAGAAAUAAAGAGGGAGGAUGGAGUGAUGACAAGGGAAAUCUCCUAGCAUACAACAACUUUCAGGGGCAUCCAGUUUUUAAUUGCGCAGGAUUUAAGAUCCCUCCGUACCAGGAAGAAUGGGCCAGCGUAAGAUGUUCUGCGACUUACGAAUUCUGUCUAGCAUGUCAAGAAGAGGAUCCGGCGAUCUUAAAGAUGCGGGGUCUCUGCGAUUCCUUCAAACAGUCUACUUACUUCAGAAUGGCGGACAGCUUUGGUGAAAGACCGUUAUUCAAUUUCUUAGGAUGCAUCGACGCUACACUGAAGAGUGAUAGGUACACAGCGCCUUCUCAUCUCUCGCAUAUCACAAAACAGCAAGGAUUUACUAAUUACAACAUCGUGUACGACGAGAACGGGACCUGGGUUCUUACGGACGUGUGGACAGGGAACUCCCUAGCAGAGUUUUUCAACCACGAGGGCGAGAUCCCUUUUGGCAGAAGAACUUGGAGGACAACGACCGACUUCGAUAUUUGUCGAAAACCUUCAGAUACUGCAAUAGAACUGUCGCUCUCUGCCUGCUACGACUGGGAAUACACCUGCAGCGACGGCAGCUGCGUCAAUCUGUCGCAGCGGUGCGACCUGCGAGUGGACUGCCCGGAUAAUAGUGACGAAAUUGGCUGCGAGAAAUUGUGGAAACCGGAGGACUACCUCAAGAUGCUUCCGCCUCCUGGAGUGCGGCCAGGGAGCCCCCUCCUCCUCAACAUCAGCAUUGGUAUUCAUGGUUUUUCGGAGAUUAAUAUUCGGAAUAUGGAACUGGUUAUAGAUUUUACUCUAAAGAUAAAGUGGUCCGACUCGAGGCUGCGUUACAAAAACCUUAGUCCUACGACUGAUCUAAAUUAUGUAGAGAUAGACAGCAUAUGGGUACCCAGGGUGGAGCUUACAAAUGCGCAUUUUCCAAAGAUCUCCACGACAGGAAAAGUACUUAACGUCGUACGAAUGUCGGACCCAGAGGAUGAUGACCCUUCAAGAUUAUUAAGAGAUGAAGUGUACGAAGGAGCGAGUAACCCCUUGCAAUUGACUCAGAAGUUCAAUGCUCCGUUUAGCUGCACAAUGGACAUGAAGAAUUUUCCUUUCGACAAACAACAUUGCAAUCUUCUCAUAAGGUUCUCCUCUGCCAAGAAAGAGUACAUGGAAUGGAAUGGCCUCUUGGCAAAUUACCUCGGAGAAAAAGUUAUGGCUGAGUAUAUGGUUGAAGGCAUUACCAUCCAGAAAUGCACUGAAGAAGGCUACAGCCUAGUGGCAAUUGGCAUAACACUCAGCAGGAGAUACGGAUACUACAUGACGUCUGUAUACGCCCCGACUAUCAUGUUGAUGAUAAUAAGCUACGCCUCUCUAUUCUGCAAGAAGGAAAAUUGUGACCUGAGGAUCAUGAUGACGCUGACCACCCUUUUGGUGCUGUAUGGUCUCUACCAGCAGAUCUCCGACGACCUCCCGAGAACGGCGUACACGAAGGCCGUCGAUGUCUGGUGCUUCUUCUGCCUCACCUUCAUAUUUUCACAAGUAAUCUUGCACGUGUUUGUGAAUAUGAAACUGAAACUUCCUCGCAUUGCAUCAUGCUUCUGUUAUUCUUAUGAAAUCAACGAAAUUGUGGCGAAGGACGAAUCAGAGUUGGUGUGCCGCGGAGCCUCCAAGACAGAGAAUUCAAGAGAAGGCGGGUUAGAUUCACAGCUACGUGGUCUAAGAGACAAGAAGAAUUGCGAGGGUGGUACAGGAGAGAACUCGUGUUACUGUGAUCUGUUGGUUCUUUCUCGCAUAAUCUAUGUGGUGCUCUUUGGUACUUUUUGUGCCAUUUACUGGAGUAUAGUGCUCAGCAGCGAAUGAAACGGAAUCUGUGUGGACUCAUUUUAAAUUCUGGCGGGCUAAGACAUGUGGUCAUCGACGCCCUGAAAGUUAAAUGGAUGAUUUCACGCGUUUUUAUCGUUUCACAUUUCUGAAUGAAAGCUGCCAAAGUUUCCUGGUAAUGAAGUUGUUCUGAGGCUGCAGGAAAUUUCAGUCGUUAAAUUGGUGAGCAGUAGAGAGAAAAAAAAAAUUACAAACACCGUCGAGAUUCCUCUGAAUGAAGCCAGAAAAUGCUUUUGUGAUGUUCAGAAGAUAUAUUAUACAUAAAAUUUAUCAUGUUUAGACAGCAGUCUACAGGACUCAGUUAUUUUAAAAGUAAUAAAGAUGUGAUCAUUCUUACAUCACCUCUAAGAAAUGCCGGUUAUUUUUUGCUUUAGCAUAUGGUUUUACAAAGUUUCCUGAAUCCACAAACACUGGGACAUUAACAGAAAAAAAAAAAUAUGUCUCAAAUGUUCAGACAACAGCCUGCAGGACUCAGUUGUUUUGCAAAUAACACAGUUACGAUGUUAUAAAUAUCACUUCUAAAUGCCGGUCAUUUUUUUACUUAAGCACAAAGUCUUGAGUUUUCUGAUGUAUGCCAACUGGCCAUGUUCGAUAUUUAUUUAUACAGAAUAUUUGUACUAAUUUCUCAAAAACAGUAAACAAGCUUUAGAACUGCUGAGACAUUUUGACGGAGAGAUCGUCUGUUUACAUACAAAUUUGGAUGACAAAAAAAUGUUCUUUUUUGUACCAAAAUAAUGAAUAAUAUGAAUGCAUUAAAAUUUGAUAAAAA